AUGAUCAUCGCCACUGGCUUGCCUUUUGCAAUUCUCAGUUCACGACGUACCCCCUUCCAGAGAGGCGUUUUCUGUAGUGAUGAAUCCAUCCGGUAUCCAUACAAAGAGGACACCAUUUCUUAUAAAUUGUUAGCAGGAAUAAUUAUUCCUUUCAGUGUAAUUGUUAUAAUCCUAGGAGAGACUCUCUCGGUCUUUUAUAAUAAUUUGCACUCAAAUUCGUUUGUCAGAAAUAACUACGUAGCCACUAUUUACAAAGCCAUUGGGACCUUCAUUUUUGGGGCAGCUGCUAGCCAGUCGUUGACAGACAUUGCCAAGUACUCCAUAGGUAGACUGCGUCCUCACUUCAUUGCUGUGUGCCAGCCCGACUGGACAAGAAUAAACUGCAGCCUGGGCUACAUCGAGAACUUCACCUGCCAUGGGGAUAAAGCAAAAAUCAAUGAGGGAAGACUAUCAUUUUAUUCUGGCCAUUCUUCAUUCUCCAUGUACUGCAUGCUCUUCGUAGCACUUUAUCUUCAAGCAAGAAUGAAAGGAGACUGGGCAAGACUUUUACGACCCACUAUACAAUUUGGCCUCAUUGCUGCAUCUAUCUAUGUUGGUCUCUCACGUGUUUCUGACUACAAGCAUCACUGGAGUGAUGUUUUAACAGGACUUAUCCAGGGCGCAGUGGUAGCUGUGCUCAUUGUUGUAUAUGUGUCAGACUUCUUCAAAGUGAGAGGAUGUACAUUUCAACCAAAAGAAGAUUCCCAUACAACCCUACAUGAGACGCCAACAAAUGGAAAUCACUUUGGCAGCAAUCAUCAACCAUGAAGAAUGGCCCACAUCACCUGCACUGCUCUGAAAGAAAACAAUUUCACAAGUCUAACUAUGUA